UGCAGCAACUCGAGGUCUUAAUCGUUUUAAUGCGCCGAUAAUUGUUCAUGCGAAUACUUUUCAAGGUGCAGGAAUGGGUUCUGAGGUAAUUAUAUUUUAUUGCACUAGCUGAAGACUGAAAGGUUUUAAAAAAAUGUUGAGAAAUUUUUUUGCGGAUUUUUUUAAGGAAUUUUUUUGCGGAUUUUCUUUUUGCGGACAUAAUUUUGCAGACUUUCGACAAAUUUUUGUGGACAUUUUUUUCAGACUUUUGUUGAUUUUUUAAAAAUAAAAGACGUCUAUUAAAUGUCCACAGAAGACGCUUAUUAAAUGUUCUGUUAAAAAUCCGCAAAAGAAGUCACAAAAAAAAUCCGUUUAAAAUGUCCGCAAAAAGCCCUUCAAAGCCAGUAGAUAUUGUUCCAUUCCUUGAAUCUGCUCACCAAUUAUUACCCGAAGCAAUUCUUUCUUUGGGAUGGACUACAAGUUCUUUUGAAAAAGGAGGUGGAGAUUGGACGGCAUUUAAUAAAUUGGAUUGGCAACAAGCUUUUAGACUUUUACAAUUACUUAGAGCUAUGGAAAGGAGAGAACCUAUUCUUUUAAAUAUGAGGCUGAAUGAUGCUGUACAUUCUGCUGAGGUUUUGGAAUGGCUCUUAGGCAUCGAUUCUCCUCCAAUUUAUUUAGUUUUGCGAGGAGAUGUAAGUGAUGUUGUUGAUUCAGAUUCUCCAUUACGUAGACUGGCAAGGAUUGGAAUUGAGGAAAAAAAUGUUAAAAAGAGGCGACUUUUAUUUGAUUUGGAUGAAAGUUGGAGAAAUCGUAUAAGAAGGUUUGUGGCUCUUUCAAAAUCUGGAGGUGAUGACAAUGGUGAAUUUAGAGGGCAACAAAGUAAUAAGGAUUUUUCUUCCUCUUCCCAUUGGCUCAGUCUUCAAUUUCCUUCUUCAAAUCCAGCUGCUGGACGAUCUUCCUCUCCCUUUCUCUCAUCAACUGCUGUUUUAAGCCCUAAAGGAGUUGCCUUUUUGGGUUGGCCAAAUGCUCUACUUUUGUAUGAUUUUGGAAAAUUUGAGGAGGAAAAGGAAGAAAAUGCUUCUCCAAAAUUUAAAAAACAAUUGGUUGAAGGACGUUUAAUGUUUGUUACAAAAAGACAGACAAAACAAAAAACAAUUUUGCCUCAAAGGAAGAGUGGAAUGGUUAUUUAUUUGUUUGAUCAAGAACCGGAAUUUUUAAAUUCUCCACGGGUACCUAAUUCUAUUCAGGCAUUUAUUGGUUAUGAUGGACGUGUUUCUUUAGAAAAUAAAAAUUUAAAUAAAAUUGGUUUGUCCGAAUUUUAUGCAGAAAGUUCAACUGCACAAUUGCCUAUUUCAAAUUGUUAUGGUUUCAAAUUGUUAGAUAAAGGGUGGAGAGUUGAAAUGGAGGUUUGGACAGAACAGUGUUUUCUAAAUGACGAAUUUAACGAGACAACAAAAUUUUUAAAUAAUGAGGACGAUAAAAGAUGGAUAAGUCAAAGAACGUUUGUACAGUUGGAUACACCUGUUAAUUCUAACAAAAAACGUCGUAAUAUUGCUGUUGGUAAAAGCGGUGAUGGUGCUAUAGAUUUUCUUGCAAGAGAUUUGUAUUAUAACAAUUCAUUGAGGAGAUCAAAUUUUAUGGCACUACAGUUUAUUUUUUUAAUUUUUAUUUUAUUAUUUUUAUAA